AUGUAUCCUGUGAAUCCGGGAAGUGUGAAAGACGACGAUGAUAAUAAUCAUGCCAUCAACAAUAGCGAGGAAAAAGAAGAAGAAGAACGAGGAUUAGCCGAGGUGGUGAUGGUUGUGGAAGGAGGACGACGAGAAGAGACGGACGGUGGGGAAGAGAGAGGACGACGACGACAGGGUGUUGUGGGGGUAGGAGAAGGAGAAGAGAGCCAGAGUGUAGUGCGGUCGUCGGCCGUUGUGCAGUCUUCGCUGGUGCCUGGGAUCCCGCAGUUUUUGGAGCUGGGUGCUGACACGGACCUGCGCCUGGCCCCGGACAACUGGCUGCACGGCGUGGUGCGUGCGGGCCAGCACUCGCUGCCCACCUGGUUUCUCAUGCCCCGUCCGCGCACGGCUGGACUGGAGUUGUCGUCGGGCACCUUGGCUGCUGCAUGGGCCCACUUGCUCGACUCGGUGGACGUGGUGGCCGACGCGGAGCACAUCAAGACGAUCCUCAAGCUCCCGCUGGCCCCGGACGCCGUGAGUCUGCUCGUGCACCGCGUGGGGCGCACGCUGCUCGUGGACGAGGUGCGGGGUGGGGUGGACUAUUGGCCGCCGUCGCGGGGCACGAACGACCUCCCGCGCGCCAACGGCUUCUCGCCGCUUGUCGUCAAGGACGUGGCACGCAACAUCCUCAGCUUCCUCAAGUCCAACGCCACGUUGCCGGGCCACACGUAUUGGCUCUUUAAAGGCAAAAAUGACGACGUUGUCAAACUAUACGAUCUCACCAGCCUUUGCCGACAAGACAGGGAGGAGCAGGAGCAGCAGCAGAAGCAACAGCAGCAAAAGAAGAAGAAAAAGAGGUGUGAGAAGCAACAACAACAGCACAAGGAGGAACAACAGCAGAUAGAAGAAGACAACAACGUCAUCAUUCAAAAGCAAGAGGAAAAGAACACAAUCAGACUGGGGAAUGAGAAAGGCAAAGAAGAAGAAGAAGAGUCGGACGAUGGUGGAAGCGUGGAGAAUCCCUACACUGUGCCGGUGGCCCUACUCCUCUACCGGGUGGCCAAGAACCUACUGACGCAUGAGACAAUGAAGGGACGCCGAGCUGUGAGCACAAUUGGCUCAUUGCUCACAAAUUGCGUUGCAUUGUUGGAUGAGACAGAGCAUUCCGGGGUGGUGUCUGGGUCACACUUUAUGCUGGCCAACUUGUGUCUGGAGGACUUGAGGUGUUUGCGGGUCUUGGAGGAUGAGGAGGAGGACAAUGACAACCAGCAGCAAAACAAAAAAGAGGAAGAAAAGGAAAAGGAAGUGGUAGACGUUGUGAGAAAAUGUUGUCGUGUCCCAGUGAGGCUGGGUGAGAAUGCAGGUGCAGUGUCGUCAAUGACAAUGCCGACAUGCAUCAGCACCAAGACGCUGUUGUUGUCAUCUCAAACACCGCCUCCAACAACGCAGCCAUCAUUGACAGAAGACAAUGAUAACAACAACGCCGAAGGAGAAGACGUAGAGGGGGAGUGCGUGCCAGCAUCUUUGCAAUUCCGACUGCCUGCUGCGCCGCAUUAUUGUGGCCCCAGUUCUACCGCCAUCCCAUUGUUGUGGACUCCCGUGGGGGAGAGUGAGAGCAUAGUGCAGGUGUUCCAUGCACCAACAACUGCAUCCUCAUCAUCGUGUGGCACCAGCAGCAACAACAAGAAGGGAGAUGACUUGAGCAAUAGGGCCGAACUCGCCUUGUUGUUGUGGCGAAAGGCGGCGACGGCAUGUCUAGUUGCAGCAGACCAUUGUCUUUGUUGUCGAUCCGGUGCAAGUCGGGCGCAGAUGGCUCGGUACUUUGCCAGCGCUGCCCUUUUCUGUAGGCGUGAAGCCGGGUUCUUGGCGAGACGCUGGCAGAAGGACGCAUGUUUGGAGCGGGAUCUUGACACAAUUGAGAGUCUGGCGCUGAGUCUGACAGGUCACGCCAAUUUUGUGUUGGCUGUUGGUCGAACCGAGGGAAAUGAUGAUGAUGAUGAUGAAGAAGAAGAAGGGGGAGGAGGAGGGAUAAGAAAGAAUCAAGAAUACUUGGAUGAUUCAUCAUCAUCAUUGUCUGUGUCGGAAGUCAGACGUGCAGUAGCAGACUUGUGUGCAUUAAGUAGUGGGACAUGGUCGUUGCCGUCAUUAGCAACAACAGACUCGGACUCAAUAGAUUUGUUGCGUGCAAGUCUGGCAGCAUUUGAGCUUGCCGCACGCGGACCACAAUUGAAUGGCAAGGCCAAGACGCGGCUGUUUCGUCGUCUUGGUGGUGCCGCCAACGAAUUAGUGGUGUGCGCCAAUCUGGGGCGUCUAUCACGGACUAGGGCCCAUCUGGCUGUUGGCAGUGGUGGUGGUGGAACAGGUAGGGCCAUCUCCACCUCGUGGGCCAAGGUGGCCGCAAAGCAAAAGCAGUUUUUGCGUGACGCUGUCGAGUGGUACAAGCGCAGUCUGAUGGCCGUCGAGUCAGAGGAGGGAGGAUUAAGUGAGAUGAAGGCAACAGCAAUGAAGAAAAAGAAGCAGCAGCAGAAGACAAAGAAGAGGGAGGAGGAGACAGUUGCAAUGAGGAUGAGAAGCAGCGCUGGUCGACGAGAGCUGGCUCGUCGGUUCCGCUGGGACCUAUCCACCACCUACUUGAACUUGGGUUCGGUCAUGCAGGACUGGAACCAGGCCGAUACCGAGUUGCCAUGCUGCACCGUCGACUCGGAUCAUUGUGGCAUCACGGCGUGCGUCAGCGAAACGGUGCCAUUCGUGGAAACUGAGGAGAAGGACGACGAGUCUUUGAAACACCAACGACGACGUCUUUGUGUUCUGGCCGAACGUCACUUGUCGGCUGCAGCCGCUGUGUUUCUCGCCAUUGACCGGCCCGUGGACGCGCUCAAGGAUUUGGUGGCUCUCACUGCCUUGACGGAGCAAUUUGAGGUCGAAGGAGAAGAAGAAUGUCGAGGGUCGUUGUCGUUGGACCGCCUGCUGGAAUGCCGUGAUGCGCUUGAGAAGGCGCUGUCGAGUCUGUCUCUGUCGUCCUCGUUGUACUCAAAUGGUGAUGAGAGCGAGGAAGUGAAGGACAUGCGGACGAUCCUGCGUGUGUUGGUGCAGCGUCUCAGGGCCGGGCUCUUGGCACUCGCCAAGCGGAUGAACAAAAGGCCUAAAGAAGAGAAGGAGGAGAUGGUCGAAGCGGAGAGACUUGCGGUCGUGAAGCAGUGCUACGCUGAAGCCCUGCGUCUGCCGCUACCUGCUUGUUCUGCCGAGGAGGACGACGACGAGGAGAAGGAGAACUUGAAGGAGACAGGUGCUAGGCUCGUCGACGCGCUGAAAAGUGUGGCCGAUGCUUUGUCGACUCGAGUCGGCAAAAAGGAAGGAAGGAAGGAAGGGAUGAGGAAACAGAGGGCCUCUUGUUGACUGUGAUUGUGAAUCCCGCCUUUUUGUUCUUCUUUCCCCUUGUUGUUGUUGUUGGCGGACGAGCAAAGGUGGGAAAUGAAGUGAAGGGAAAAACCCGUCCCUACUGCCUACGCUGACUAAUGAAAAAUCUGAGACGA